AAAUCAAAACCCGACAAAUCCACAUUUCAUGUGCUCUGCCCUUGGCAAGAAAGGUCCACAACCAAAACCCACCAAUCUUGUCUUUUACCUCCUCAAUAGCUGUAUACCUUUUCAUCUUCACAGUUUUUCUCAUCUUUUAAGUAAGGUCUCUCGCAAACAGAAACAGAGAGAAUCAUUCACGGAAACGAUGAGCGUCUCUCUGUUAACGGCCUUGGCCGUUCUCUCACUCUGUUCACACACUUCAACAUCUGAGUUUCAGCUCUCCAGCAUAUCAGCUGCACCUUCGUUUUUGCCUGAAGCUCCAUGGAGUUUCUCAGCUUCUCCUCCGGCUAUGUCUCCAGAUAUAUCGCCUCUGUUCCCUACUCCAGGUUCCAGGGAAAUGUCUCCUUCUCCGUCAGAGUCUUCAGUCAUGCCGACAAUCCCCUCAAGCCUUAGUCCACCAAACCCAGAUGCGGUCUCUCCUGAUCAUCUGCUAGACUCUUCUCCGGCUGGGUCCCCUCUUCCUGCGUCUUCCUCAAUUUGUUUGGUCUCGUCACCACACUCUCUGCUUCUUGUCUUCCUCAUGUUGCUGCUACGUUUCUAGUUAAUCAUUUUAGAGAGAGAGAGAGAGGGUGAGAAUAACUCUCUUUGACAUCUUGUGAUUUCGGAAUGUAAUCUUACUCUGCUGCUUCUUCUGAAUAUUUUUAAACCCUGUAAUGUAAUGUAAUGUUUUGGGAUAUAGCAUUGAUUGUUGGUGCGA